ACCUUAUGCAUUCAUGGUGGCUCAAUUAUUAUAGCGAUAACAUAGCAGGAGAAUCAAGAUUCAAGACGCGUACAAUUUGAUGAAAAUAUCCUUUCAUAUGCGAUAUUCACAAGGAAAAUAUUAGGCCCAAAAAAAUGAGUAAUUGUUCCCCAAUUGCCACAAUGUUAAAUCAUUGUUUCACUAUUACAUUCCCAUAAAUUGGCCCCCCAAAUUAAUUGCAGCAGCAUCAUAGCCCCACCACCACCUUUUAACCACUAAGUAACUUCCAGUAGCUACAAACUUGCUUGGUUGCUAAAUCGGCAAAAUGGGUUUCCGAUUCCUGCUUCCUGGUCAGUCCUUGAUGAUGUUCGUUCUACUGAUUGCAGUCGUCCCAUCAACAACUGUUGCCAAAUAUUUCAUUGUCGGUGACGAGGUUGGAUGGACUACCAACUUCGAUUACCAGUCCUGGACCGUCGGCAAGGACUUCCAUGUUGGGGAUAAGCUUGUGUUCCGGUACCCCAAGGGCUUCCACAACGUGUUCAAGGUGAACGGGACGGAGUUCCAGAACUGCCUCGUCCCGUCCAACAGCAGCCUGAGGCUGGAUUCUGGAAGCGACAUCGUCACGCUGUUGACUCCAGGGAGAAAAUGGUACAUCUGCGGCGUUGCCAAGCACUGCAAGCAGCAAACCCAGAAGCUCGUCAUCCAAGUGCAGCCGCCCAUUGUCAUAGUACCGGCUCCAGCUCCAGCUCCAGCUCCAAGCCCAUCGUCAUCUGCUCCGAUCCAGACCGUGGCGCCUUCUCCAGCCCACGGAUGGCAACGCGCGUCUGGUCCGUCGUCGAUCAGCCCAUGAAGACUCCAUUUUUUCAACUUCCAACUUUUGAUAAUCAUCAUGAAACCGUUUCUCUCUUUUUCACUAUGCAGUCGUCGUACGUCAGAACAAAUGCAUGUGGGUCUAUUGGUAGACACUACGUUGUAACACUUCUAUUUGUGCCGCAAGUACCAAGGCUUAGAUUUACGGUUUUGUACUCUUCAAGCUAAGUUUCUUGUUUUUGUCAUCAAUAAGAGAACAUUUUAUAU